AUGGGCCUGCUUCUCAGCCUUAAGGCUGACACGGUGGAGAUCAUUGGAGACUUACAAUUGGCCAAGAAGCUGAUGGAGGGGUUCCAGGACGUGGUAGUCCGCUACAUCCCACGGUUGAGGAAUCAGGCCACGAAUGGGUUGGCCCAGGCGACGUCCGGCAUCGGUCUACCAGAAGACAGUUUGGAAAAAACCAUCAUCAUCAAGAGACAAACACGGUCUUCUAUCUAUGAGGGCAGUCAGCUAGAGGUCAACCAUGUCGAGGACACGCAACCUGACUGGAAAAUGCCAAUCAUCCAGUAUUUGAGUAACCCUGGGCCAGAGUUUGACAGAAGGAUCAGGGACAGAGCCACGGGAUACGUGCUGAUCAUGGAAGAUCUCUAUAAGAAGGAGAAGGAUGACCUGUUGCUCAAAUGCGUCAGUCUAAAUGAGGCAACGUUGGUCAUGGCCGAAGUACAUGAGGGUAUAUGUGGAGCGCACCAGGCAGGCCCCAAGAUGAGAUGGUUGAUUCAGUGCUGA